GUAUGAUAUUCUAGUAAACCUUAUGCCGUGUUUAAAGACUAACCCAGUAGGCCAUGUUAAAGAAAAGUCCCAUGUUAUUGCUGUUUUUGUUUUGAAGCCUACCAGGCGCUUUGGGUUGCGGCAGGAAGACAGGAAGGCAGGCCAGGAGCAGAUACGCUAUCUCAUGGCAACAGGCAUGUGCAGAGAAGGGUGGCUACUACCCUUUUGCCCCUUUGAUGUCCAAGUGCCCUUUUGACAGGACCCGUUCUUUACUUUUUAAAAUGUGUAAUACUUCCGCUAGUUCCACCGUGAAUAUUCGCUAAAAUGUCUCAUUAAUAGUUUGUGAGAUAGUAAAUUUACAAAAAUAAAAAUGUUCUGUGUUAAUUGAAAUGCCUUGCAGCCACCAAUCCGUGACAUCAUACAUUCAGAGAACUUUCAGAAGGUGCACGCAGGCCCAGUGCUUCAGGAGAUGUUUGAGCAUGGUGUGAGUUUGGUGUCCAGUCAGAAUGAUUGCUGUGUUGCUGACUCUUCUGCUCUGUGUCAUCAUCUCCAUAUCGAAACCAGGUGUGGAGGUGGUGGGUCCAGAUGGUCCUGUAGUUGGUGUGGCUGGUGAAGACCUGGUCCUGCCCUGUUUCCUCAGGCCCAACACCAGCGCAGUGGACAUGGAUGUGGUGUGGCUGAUUGAGGGUGCCAUAGUGCAUCAUUACAAAAGACACAUGGACAGGACAGAAAAUCAAUUCCCUGCAUACAGUGGGAGGACAAGUCUGUUCAGAGAGGAACUUCAGAGAGGAAAUAUCUCACUGAAGCUCAGAGCAGUCAGACUCUCAGACGCAAACACAUACCGGUGUUACAUCGCAGCUCAGACUGGGACUGAUGAGACAGCAAUGGUCCUCGUUGUUGAAGCCGUGGGCAACACUCCGGUCAUCUCUAAUGAGAGUGUGGGAGACGGCAGUGUGCAUCUGCACUGUGAAUCCUCAGGCUGGUUCCCUGAGCCCCAGCUGGAGUGGCUGGACAGUCAAGGCCGGACUCUCCCAGCUGAACGCACCAUGCAGAGAUUCCCUGAGGGCCUCAGAGUGAAGAGUACAGUUACUGUGGAGGAGAGCAAGGGCAGCAGGUUUCUCUGCAGAGUCACAGGCUCAGGACAGACCAGAGAAACAAAGAUAGAAGUCCCGCGGCUGCUGUUUGCUCAUGACAGACAUCACCGGGCAGUUGCAGUACCCAUCCUGUUACUCAUCCUGCUGUGUUUAUGUGUGGGGGGGCUCUCGGCAUUUUACCAACACAGAGGAGGCAUCGGCCGUUACAAACAGUGGGUUAUCUCCAAUUUUACAUGGGCACACACCUCUUCCCACCUGCCUGGUAAAGAUAUCAAGAUGUACACAAAUCCCAUCAUCAUCCGGAGACCCAGAGGAACCGACGGGACUGCUGUCAGCAAGAAGGACUCCGAGAGCAUCACUCUGGACCAGCUGUUCAGCCCUGACCCGGGCCACUCGCCUCCCAGUGUGGUCGUCCUCCAGGGGCACUCUGGAUACGGCAAGUCCAUCACCGCACGGAAGAUCAUCUGUGACUGGGCGUCUGGGGAGCGAUACGCUGAGCAGUUUAAACUGGUGGUUCUCCUGAGGGGUAGAGAGCUGAAUGUGGAAGCACAGGGAGGAUGGAGGAGUCUGUUGGAGCUGAUCAGUCAGGGCGGUCUCCAGAAGUUCCGGCUGGCCAUGGAGGACAUUGUGAAGAAUGAUGCAGACAAGGUGCUGUUCAUCAUCGAUGGGUUUGAUGAGCUAAAGCUGUCAACAGUGAGGCCCAGCACCGAUCUGCCCAGGCAGCCGUUCAAUAGAGCGCCCCCUACAGACAUCAUCUGUGCACUGCUGAAAGGAUGCAUCCUGCCUGAGUCCUUCCUUUUGGUCACCACUAGGCGCACUGCUACAAAGAAGCUAAUCGAGCUGCUCAGACAACAGGAACAGCGCGUCACUGAGAUCCUGGGCUUCUCUGGGGAUACAGUAAAAAAGUACUUUAACAAGUUCUUUGAGAGCCAAGAGAGAGCUGAUGAACCAUAUAAGCGUGUGUGUAAGAAUGACUUCCUACUUUCCUCCUGCUCCACCCCUGUGUUGUGCUGGAUGAUCUGCUCAAUCCUGAGGUGGAGUCGUCAGGGGGAAGAACAGAACCUGGUAAAUAGAACGUCCAUAUUUGUGCUGUUUGUAUCAGUUGUUCUGAAGAACAACGGUAAGAAUAUGGAUAGUAAGGCCCUGGCGAAGCUGGCAAGAGAUGGAACGUGGAGCAAGCAAUUCUUGUUUGAAAAGGUGCGCAUAUCUGGUAUUGACCAAAUCCCUCUCCUUCAGAGAAGCUAUGCAAAUCAGCAGGUGAUGUACUGUUUUGUGCAUCAGAACAUUCAGGAGUUCUUCUCAGCUCUGCACUACAUCACCUUAAAUGAGGAUGAGAUGAUUACAGAAGUGAAGAAGCUGCUAGAGUCCGUGAAAGCUGCUGAAAACAUCCAUCUACUACCUGUUGUUCGCCUCCUGUUUGGUUUCUCUAAUGUAAAAGUGUGGAGAGCACUCUCGGAAAAAUUCAAUUUCGCCUCCACCAACAUUUCAUCUUCAACAGACAAUGGUGAUCAUAUGUCUCCCAUCUUAAAUCUGCAAAAAAAAUGGAUUUUGGAAGAGGCUGAGAGAUUUAUUUUGAAAGACGUGCUAAUCUUUCUCCACUGGCUUUACGAGCUCCAUGAGAAGGAGUUUGUGGAGGUGGCUCUGGAGAAAUGGAAGAAUCUUGACUUUUCCUCUGUGGCUCUAAAGACGAUCGACUGCUGGGCUCUGCGCUACUGCCUGCAGUGCAGAUCUGCCAUGGCACAUCUGAAUCUCAGCAACUGCAACCUGACAGCAGGGAGACUGAAGCUGCUUGAGCCUGCUCUGUCACAACUCAACUGCAAGGAGCUGUGGCUGGAUGUGGAGGACCUAUCAGAUGCAGAUGAUGUUGGUCGUCUGGGCUCAGCUCUGGGGGCAGGGAGAAUCCUAAGGAGACUGAGAGUGGACAACAGCCAGCUGUCAGAUCAGAAUGUACAGGAUGUCCUAUCUGCUCUAGAAAAACAGAAACUGGUGGGUUUAGUUCAUCUCUCGGUGAAGAAGGUCAGCAUUCUCACUGCAGAAAUGCUGCUAAACCAUCUACACAACGCCACAGCCACAGGCCUCAUGAGCAUGAAGGUUACAGGGCAGGAAGAUGGUGUUUACUCGUCCCUCUUUGUGGAGAAGGACUCCCACUCUCUCACUGUGGGGGUGGAACACCAUGGCUCUGGUCUUUCUGUCACUACACCUCUAUCUCAAACGGACAAGUCUGAUUUGACGGAAUUUCUUACCAUUCUCCAGGGGCCAGAGCAGGCUGUGUGGGUGGAAGCACUGCUCUCUUCAGCAGCUCGGUCUAAGCAGGUAACAGAGAUCAACCUGAUGGGCCCUCUGCAGCCUGACCUCCUCUCCCGCAUCAUCAAUACCUGCAGCAACCUAGAGGAGAUCAAUGUAUCAGUGAAGAAGUCUGAGGAUUGGAGUCUCAUUUCAUCUCUCUGCAUCAGGAAAGACCCAAAAAACAUGAUCAGGCUAACUGUUGGACUGAACACAUCAGACAUCCCCCCCUUGCCUCUGAUGUCUCUCUCGUUCCCGACCUCCAACCUGCAAUACUUCCUGACCAUCUUUAAUCCGGAGACAACCGCCAAACACCAGAGUGGGAACGUUGUGGAUGAUCUGGUCUCCACCCUGUGCCUGGAGGAUGUGGAGCUGAAGGAUGUGGAGCUGUGGAUAACCUGACACAGCGCUGGGCUCAGCUCAUCAUCUCACUCAUCAACAACAACAGCCGUCUCAACAGAGUCAAGAUUCCGGCAGGUGUUCUAAAGCAGGAGGGGAUUACGUUGUUGCUGGGGUCACCGAAACGGCAGGACUGCACCAUCACAGCCACUGGGAAUCUGGACUGGCCUCUGCAGAGGAGAAGAUGUUUCCUAAAUCACCCCGUGGAGAUCACCAUCAGGGGAGACUCCUACCAGGAGCAGCAGCUCCACAGCAGGCUUGUGCAAAAUUCAGAAUUUCAGAAUUUAAUUCAAUUCAGUGAAUGAAUUUGAAUUUGAAUUUGAAUUGGCUCCACCCCACAGGAUGUUGAAUUGAAUUUGAAUUGGAAUUACAGGAAGUGGAAUUAAAUUCAUUGCAAUUCAGAGAAAUUCAUUCUAACCAAAUAUCAGUGUGAAUGUGAUGGUUUUAACCCCCUCCAGACCCGCAUUUUUUCUGUUGGGCAAAAAAAGAGUAAUAUUCAGCUAAUUCUUACUCCUAUCGAAUGUAGAAAUAAAUGUGGAAAAAAAAAAUUGAAAAAUCAUUUCUUUCUAAGAUUCUUUGUCCAUUACAGUGGACAUCUCGUCUAAACGGGUGUAAAAUUACAUGAGAAUUUAGGGGGAAAACACUAUGUUUUUAACAUAGUAGUCUUGAAACAAAUAAUCCCACAUGACUUACACAUUUAGAACUGAAUGUUUUCAUGUGUCUUAAUGUUUUUAUAUGUCUGAGAGCAUGUCAAAAUAUGCACAAAAAUAUAUGAUUGUGUUUAAACUCUUAUGCAUAUGCCCCAUUUUUUGCCCAGCAUUGCACAUCAUCUACUUAGGAAGGCAUUGCUCCUACAUACUUUGGCCUAUCAAAUGACCUCUUUGGAAAGCUGAGACCCUGUAGUUUCUUAGGAAACAAUCAGGAUAGCUGUGUGAUCAAGCAUGUGUGUUUAUGUGUGUGUGUGUGUGUGCCUGUGUGUCUGUGCUUGUCUGUGUGUGUAUGUGUGUGUAUGUGUGUGCGUGCGUGCGUGCGUGCGUGUGUGUGUGUGUGUGUGUGUGCAUGUGUGUGUGUGUGUCCACAUGUGUGUGCAUCUAUCUUUGUAUGUGUGUGUAUGCGUGUGUGUGUGUGUGUGUGUGUGCAGUGUACAGUCGCUACAUGUACACUACAUGGUCCCCCGUGAACCAAACUUGGCAGACAUUCAGAGGGAGUCAUAAUAAUCCUACACUUUAAAUUUCAUGCAGUUUGGAACCUGUCAACCAAAGAUACCUGCGAUUACAAUGCCUCAUUUUUGCUUUCUCAACUUUGACUAGGCGCUAUACAUGAAAUUAGUUGUUAUGGGAUGGGUUGACAUGGCCCCUAGGCCCUACAGUUCUCGAGAUAUUCACAGAAAACUGUGUCAGGCCAUCUACAGGGCAGUUAGUUGGUGUAAACUAAAUGUACCCAUAAAAUCAUUUAUUAUAUGCCCCCCAUGAACCUUGGCAUGAAUUCAGAUUCAACAUCUCAAUUUUGCUUUAUCAUUUUAAACUAGGUUGGUGAGAGUUGGCUCACCAAAAUGAAUGAGCACAGAUGACUUUUUAUCAUUUUGCAUAUUGCUGUUAAUACAAAACUCAAAAGUACAAACCAGCACUGGCCCUCAAAUAGUUUAGCACAGAGUCUACCCCAAACAAAAUGUCUGAAAUGUUUGGACAACCAUUUUUGAAGACUUGGAUAAAGUAAAGCAUUCUGGGAAAUGAAGUGCUGUUCUAUCAUUUUUUUUCACAGUUUCAAAGUUAUUACAAUUUUAAUGAUCAGUUUUAUGCAGCACAUACCGUAUUUGUAAUGCCAUUGUGUGGUACAAAUUACUACACAUUUUUACUAUUUUCUGUACAAAAAAGUGUUGUGUAGGCUACAUAAAGUAUGUCCAUAAAAUAAUAUCUGUAUGAAAUACAUGUUGCGAUCAUGUAUACAUUCUGUGAAGAAUCAUUAUUAAAUACAAUUUAAAUGUCAUGAAUUUCUCUGAAUUUCAUGGAAUUCCAAUUCUACUUCCUGCAAUUCGAAUUUGAAUUGCAAUUCCACUUCCUGUUUGCAACCUCAAUUCAAAUUCAAACUCAAAUUCAAGAAUUGAAUUGGAAUUUUGGGGUCAUUCUCAAUUCAAUUCAGAAUUGUGUACAACCCUGCUCCACAGCCACUGACCACUGCAACUGUGUGUGUGUGUGUGUGUGUGUGUGUGUGUGUGUGUGUGUGUGUGUGUGUGUGUGUGUGUGUGUGUGUGUGCGUGUGUGUCUGUGUGCGUGUGCGUGUGUGUGUGUGUGUGUGUGGUAGCAGCAUUCCUGAGAAAAUACUGGCCCAAAUCUAAAAGACAAUAGGCUCCAUUCCAUUAACCUUACAGCUCAGUGGAUUUCUAUGGAGGGCCUGAUGUUGUCCUGCUCAAAUUCUAGUCCCAAUAUGAGUCUGAUACUGCUCCAUUGGAGUGUGUUAUGGGGCUGAAUCCGAACAGGCAAGGAAGGCCACUGCCUGGAGCCAGGAGAACUGGUCUCAGCGCCUUUUCGUCCAUAGAGAUUGUAUGAUGAUUACCAAGCCAAAGCUGGGAGAACUGGUCUCAGCACGUCUUCGUCCAUAGAGAUUGUAUGAUGAUUACCAAGCCAAAGCUGGGAGAACUGGUCUCAGCACGUCUUCGUCCAUAGAGAUUGUAUGAUGAUUACGAAGCCAAAGCUGGCCCGCCACUGGCAUUAUUUGGCCCAGCCAAAUUAUUCUGGCCGUCCAAUUUUUUUUUAAAUCUUCUAUUUUACAAUAUCGAUUCACCAAUCAGACUGCGAGUGGGUGCUAGAACAAAUAUGAGAAAGAAUGCCAGAACUCACUGGAUCCAGCUAGCUGUGUGUAGCCCUCGGGCCUGCGCUUCAGUAUUGUGCUUUUGCGCUUCUGUUUGGAGCAGAUAGACCUCGUUUCAUAUUCCUUUUCCCCUUUUUUUAAGAAGUAUUUUUUGGGCUUUUUUGCCUUUAUUCAUAUAAAAGUGAUGAGUGAGGCACAAAAAUAAGUGGGAGAGAGAGAUGGGGUGGGAUCAGGAAAUGACCAUGGGUCGGGAUCAGGAAAUUCAUGGGUCAGACCCGAUCAUGGCAUGAGCACUGGAGCCUGUGGUGCUGUAUUCAUCUUUUAAGUAAUUAGGAUAAGUCAGGCUCCGUGCUAAACUGUUCAUCAAUGCCAAAAUGAUUGUAGCCUAGUGCCUAGUGUUGUAGUGUCCACGUUUGCUAUUCCCAGUAUUGACAGGGGAGAUAAAACAGAGUUCAUCACGUUUGCUAUUCACAGUAUUGACAGGGGAGAUAAAACAGAGUUCAUCACGUUUGCUAUUCACAGUAUUGACAGGGGAGAUAAAACAGAGUUCAUCAAGGUAAAUUAAAUACUAGUUUUGGGUAUGGGACGGGACCCCAAUAAAACUAUUUCACUUCUAUACUUUACUAUGUUGUACAAAGUUUAUAUGGCUUUUAAAGUAAUUUACUGUAUUUUAUUCUAUUUUUUUAUUAUUAUAUUUUUAUUCAUUACAUUUAGAUUUUCAAAAUAACAAGGUUUUUCAUGUUUGGAACAUUUAGAAUAAAAACAGGUUUUAUUUCAUACAUUUUUCAUUGAUGUCUUUUUCGCUCGUGUCAGAUUGUGUAUAGCCUAACAUAAUGGUGAUAGACACUGGUCGGUAGGGCCUCAAGGGAUUGCUUAGGGCCCCCACAGACUCUAGAAUCAGUUGUGAUGCAUUCAUUGUUAUUCCUUAACUUGUGUGUUGCCCUUGUAUACCCCAAAUCUGGUGUUCUUGGAGGGGGUGGUGUAGAUUGAUUUGCUGGUGUAUUCAAACACUGACAACUUUUCACCAGUGUAUCAUCUAAAUUAGGGAUGUAACGAUUACCGGUGUGACGGUAAACCAUGAUAAAAAUGUUGAUGAUAACAAUUACCGUGUUCAUUUCGAAUAUCAUUAUUAUCACGGUUGAUACUACGGUGUGGUAACCGCGUGUUUAAUUCCUCCCAGCUUCACCCGAGCCUGCUUUUGACACAAGCUGAAGGCAACUAUGAAACAAAACUUACCUUACUAAUUCUGUUGUCUGAUUGAUGGAUUUAACCAUGAUUCGGAUAAGGCUACACCUGCUUUUAAAGGGCGCAACAUUUUCACCCCAAAACGUGCGCUGCAUCAUGUAGCCACUCUGCGUCUUUUUAUGUAGGCCUACACGUUCACAUUAAAUCUAGGCUAUUCCACUAACAUUAUCAGGAGAAUGCCGUGAAGUUUUAUGUUGAGCGCUGGGUGUCACUCAUUGGAUAUAACAGAUACCAAACUCCAAAUCAUAAGCUAUAAGCAGCCAACAUUUCCAACCAAGGAAAAGGUGAGCACAAUGCCACGGUAACCUACCAAUAGUUCAUUUAGGCCUACUGUAGUGUUUAGUUAAAUUUCCGAAAAAAAGCUACACAGCAUAUUGGCAAACUUUUACAUCUUGAGAGUUCCAUCAUAACUAUCCAGUUAGCUCACGCGUCAUGUCUAUCAUUAAUGUACAGUAGCCUAGUGCGCACCAAAAUCAUAGAAGUUAACAUUGCAAGACACUUAUCUUUUCUAUGAUCCCAGCAAUAUUUUCUUUGACCUGUUAAUUUUUUGAACAUUCAUUUUAUUCAAUAAAAACGGAUAUCCUUGAACUACAGUAUGCGUGACUACUUUACUAAAACCGAAUGAAGGUUAAUAUAAUUAGCCUACAGUACUUCACUUAUCUCUUAAAGUGACAGGCUCUCAAUUAGACCUACACAACAUUAAAGUCAUUAAAGACAAGUAAUAGUUUAAAAAUCAAUAUGAAGUAUUCAAAUUACUGAAUAUUUUUAGCUAUAAGUAAUUAUGCAGAUCCUAACAUAUUCUAAACUAGCCUAUUAGCAAAAUAUAUAAAGUUUAUGAAUUCAAAAUAUGCAAUAGAAACAAGACAAGCCAUUUUCUGUGUUGAGCAGAGACUAGGAUUGCCACUGCUGUGAAUGAUCGGUAUCCUGCUGAAGGCAAUAAGGGUUUGCCUAUAUUUUUAAUGUAAUAAACACUGUCACACUUUUUUAAACUAAAAUAUUUCAGCUUGUCUACACCCAUCAGCGCUUUCUUAACAUAUUGUACACACAAUUUUUAAAACCGUGAUAAUACCGAAAACCGUGAUAAUUUUGGUCACUAUAACCGUGGGGUUAAAUUUUCAUACCGUUACAUCCCUAAUCUAAAUGAGAACAGCAAUCUCUUCCAACUGCAACUGCAGCAGUAAGAUUGUCUAGUGCUGUGCUGCCAUCUACUGGUCAACUGGCAAAGGGAAGGAAUAACUUGCAUGUGUUAUCUAGUCUGGCUGUUACAGUUUUUCUCAAUUGUUUACACACAAUUUCUGGUACUUGAGACACAAUUCCCAUAAUAUGUAGUUCAUGCACCAACCUCCUGAACCGAUUCUGCUGAACUAUAAGCACAAUUACUGCUUUACACUCAAAUUGCAGUUCUAAAACACACUGUUUUCAAAACACUACACACAAUUCUGUGCAUUAGACACAAUUUUCAUGAAGAAAAUCUCUUGUUUUCACAAAGAACACACUGCCAUUCAAAUUCUAAAGCUAACUGCCCUACCAUGCACACUGACUCAUCAGAUGGGCAAACUCCUGUCACACAGUCUUACAAUCAGCAAUCAGAGCUUUAGGGUCAUUCCACCUCAAUUCAACAAAUGCCUUCUGCUUGACCAUCUCAGAUUUCCUUCAAAAUUUUACCACCUAAAGAGUAACCAUUUAAACUAACUUAGCCAAAAUAUUAGAUUGGUAUACCUACAGUAAUACAUCCAGAGAAAAACAUUUUUGAACAUGGCACCCCCCUUCUGUUUUUUGGCACAUUGGCGCCCUCAUCUAAAUCUGCAGCAAAGUUCAGAUGUCAUUAUCUCAAAAUGUUUUCAAGCUAAAGACUUCAAAUUUUCUGUGAAUAAUGAAUGCUACCUAUAGGUUCCACAUAUUCAUUCGUAGGCCAUAUGUGUUGAUACUGACUGUGUCUCAAUCUUGUGAAAUCAGAAGAAAAAUUGCAGAUUUUUUUCAAACCCCCACAUUGGGUGCACCAUUACACAAUUUAUAAACACAAUGUUUGGCAAAUGGUUAUGUCUCUCUACAGAAGUGUUUAAGCUGUCUUUGAAAAGGUCAUUAAGAGGUGUCUAUAUUGCUUUUUUGUUGGAAGUAUUGUAACACAAAACUGAAAAAUAAUCAAUUUGGAUGAUAUUGUAUCUCCCCAUUACAGAGGUAUGACAAGCUAUACCAAUGAAUUGAAUGCAUCUCCAGAAAGAGUAUGAAAUGGGCUUUCAGACUGUGAAAUUUCAAGAUGGUAUUAUGGCUGCAGUUAUUUAAAUUUUAUUUUUUUAAAUAUUGGUCUAUUGCAACAAUUAUCGUUGUUUUUUGAACUAUUAUUUCAUGAUUUCAUAAUCCUUGUCUUAUUCCUAAGUAUCAGAUGUUUAUGUCUUAUUCUGUUAAACAUUUAUUUUUUCAUUUUCUUGCUGGGUGAUGAACUAAUAAAAUAUUUCCUGUAUUUCCUAAAUAAAUUGCUGCUGCCACUAUUUAUUGCCACUAGAUGUCACUAUUUAGUGAUAUCAGCAAUGUGCUGUUAUAGUAGUACCUC